AUGUCGGAGGCAUUAAAGAGGCAGCUGGCUCAGCCAUAUCCUGGGCCUUCACUUCUCAGCCUAUCACAUAUCCGCCUCGUCUGCCUGCAUCCUGGAAUAGAUGAAGCCAUUUUUUGCGAGCUGAUGACCGUCUCGAUUGACUCUGCACCGAAUUACGAGGCUUUAUCAUAUACCUGGGGCGACCCCUCCAAUUUAGAAACCAUCACUAUGGCCACGCAAGGCUUCGAGAUCAGGCAGCAAUUCUCGGUAACUUCUAAUUGCUUUUCUGCCCUGAAACGCCUUCGCUAUAAAGACAGAACUCGGGUUCUAUGGAUCGACGCCUUGGCUAUCGACCAAUCUAAUAUCUAUGAGAGUUACCAUCAAGUCAGUCUCAUGUCAAAGAUAAACUCUCAAGCCGUGGGCGUGAUUGUUUAUCUCGGCGAAUCCGCAGAUAAGAGCGACUUGGCCAUCGAAUUCAUCAUGGAGUGCUACGACCCAUCUCCCGAUAAUACCUCCUUAAGUUUCCCGAGGUCCGAUGCCUUAAUGGACGCACUCCGGAGUUUCUUCCUUCGGCCUUGGUUCACUAGAGUCUGGGUAAUCCAAGAAGUCUUCCUAUCAUCCGAGAAGACCAUUUACUGUGGAGAAAAAGAAAUCCCAUGGUCUGCGAUGGAGAACUUCAAGCAUUAUCUCGCCAACACAAGACUGCAGUUUCGACUACCAUACGUGGUCUCAAAAGCAAUCAAAUCCCUUACAAUGCAGAGCGCCGAAAGAUUCAUGUUCUAUGCUCUUCUUGAUUCUCGACAUUGCGAGGCUACUGAACCUUGCGACAAGAUUUACAGCCUACUCUCGAUACUCCAGUCUUACAAUAAGUCACUUGACCUGAUACCAAGGUAUCAAGAUACGCCAGCUAGAAUAUACACAGACUGUGCUCUGUCUUUGUUACCAAGUUGUGGCUGGAGCCUUUUGUACGCAGUUCAAGGGAACAUUAGGACAGAGAACCUGCCUUCUUGGGUACCGGAUUGGAACGUCCCGCCUCAGCGACAUAUCAUCGAUUCAGAUGCUUUCAUGGCAAUGGGCGAAUUCUGGGUAGACGUGUUACUCCCGGCCGUUCCUUUCAGACCAAAAAUCGUAAUGCGCAGCACGAAUGACGGAGAAAAACCUGCGUUGCAUGGAUACGGCUAUUCAUGUGGAAAGGUCUCGAAACUGGGGUCAAUUUAUAUCGCGGGUCAAACACCAUUCCCCUCGGAUGAGUGGUAUAGUCUCGUCAGCAAAAUUGAUCUACCAACACGUCCUGGAACCAACUCAGGUGACAUCAAGUUCCCUUAUCGAACAGAAUCUUUUCUUGACUUUCUGUUACUUGCUCGUUAUCUAUACGGGUUAAGCAUGAAUGAAGAAGAAGAAGACGAUGUCGAUGACUUCCCAAAACCAGAUUUUAUAAUUGGAAGCUCACGCGGUUCAUAUCGGGAGUACAGGUUUGGUGCUAAAUGGGAAGACAGGAUACGAAAACUAGCUCUUGAGAGGAAAGAUGGUGUGUUGCCAUUUAGGGAUAUACCUUUUUAUUAUGCUGCCGCUGGUUGGCCGUCAAGUUAUGGGAAUGCUUUCCAUAAGAAACUGGAGGCUUGUCAUUUGCGGCGGUGCUUUGUUACUGAUACGGGAUAUUUCGGACUUGCGCCGGCGGAAGCAGAGAUAGGAGAUGAAAUUUUUGUCUGCGUUGGGGCGUCGGUUCCGUUCGUGCUGAGAGAGAUCAGCAAUGGUGGUGAUGAGUUUCACUUGGUUGGGGAAAGCUAUCUACAAGUCGGUGGAUGGUAUGGCAUGAUCACCAAACAGAGCAAACCUCAACCUCUAUACAUUGUAUAAUUCUAGUUAGCUUUAUCUCUAUAUUAAGACUCAAU